AUGGUAUUAGAAUUGGGUCUAAUACCAGAGGAGAUUGGUCAGCUUCCAAAUUUGAGAGGGUUAUCACUUUUUAUUAACAACUUAAUGGAUGUCAUUCCACCGUCAAUCCUUAAUAUCUCAUCACUUGAGAUAAUGUGUUUUGCUGGUAAUAACUUGUCAGGAAAUCUUCCAUCAAACCUCAGUUCCAAUGCAUUUACGGGUUCAAUUCCAAAAUUGCUUGGUAAUUUACGACUACUCGAAAUUCUCGACUUGGAAGCAAACAAUUUGAUGAGUGGGUUAUCUUCUUUCUCUUCAAAAUUGGCCUUCCUUAUUUCCUUGGUAAAUUGCAAACAUUUAGAAAUAUUGAGGAUAAAUCAUAAUCCUGUAGACGACAUUCUUCCAUCAACCAUUGGAAAUCUCUUAGCUUCCCUCAAGAGCAUUUAUGCAAAUUUUUGUGGAAUUAGAGGCAGCAUUCCUAUUGGAAUUGGUAAUUUAAGCAAUUUGGCAUUCUUGACUCUACGACAAAAUGGUUUGACUGGAUUUAUUCCCCCAAUAGUCAAAACAAUGGAAAAGGUUCAAAUAUUGAAACUUUCCAACAACAUACUGCAAGGGUCUAUUCCAGACGAUAUAUGCCAACUCAAGAACAUAGGUGACUUACGAUUAAACCAAAAUAAACUUUCCGGAUUGAUUCCAAAAUGCUUGGGGAAUAUUACAACUCUAAGAUAUCUUUACCUUGAUUCCAACAAACUAACUUUUGUCAUUCCUACAAGCUUAGGGAGUCUUAAAGAUAUCUUGGAAAUUACUUUCUCCUCAAAUUCUUUAAAUGGCAAUCUGCCACAAGAACUUGGGAAUUUGAACGUUGCAACAUUUAUGGAUUUGUCAAUGAAUCAAUUCACAAGCAAAAUCCCAAGCACAAUUAUAGGUUUGCAAAACUUGGUUAAUCUUUCAUUGGCACACAACAGGUUACAAGGGCCUAUACCUGACUCAUUUGGUAGCAUGGUGAGCUUGGAAUUCUUAGAUUUAUCCUAUAAUGACCUCUCUGAUGUGAUCCCCAAGUCCUUAGAGGCAUUGUCUCAUCUUUCAUAUCUCAACAUUUCUUUCAAUAGGUUAAGAGGAAAAAUUCCAAAUGGGGGACCUUUUGUGAACUUUACAUUUCGAUCUUUCAUGUCGAAUGAAGCAUUGUGCGGUUCACCAAAGUUUCAAGUCCUGCCAUGUCAUACUAGUUCCCUUCAUCAUUUGAGGGAAAAAAGAGUGGCUCUAACUUUAUAUAUUUUGUUAUCUAUUGCGCCCAUACUACUUUCUAUGACCUUUGUGUUCUUGUUCGUAAAACGUCGAAGAAGAAAUAAAACUCCAUCCAAUAUUGAUCUCUUACCAAAAAUGACACCUCCAAGAAUCACAUACCAACAACUUUUUCGAGCAACUAAUGGGUUUAGUGAGAGCAACUGGCUUGGUGUGGGGAGUUUUGGUUUUGUCUACAAAGCUAUCCUUGGAGAUACCAUAGUUUUGGCUAUAAAGGUAUUCAACUUGCAAGUAGAAGGUGCAUUCAAGAGUUUUGAAAUAGAAUGCGAGAUAAUGCGACACAUUCGUCAUCGCAAUCUUACUGAGGUCAUUAGUAGCUGCUCGAACCUUGAUUUCAAAGCUGUAGUACUUGAGUAUAUGCCUAAUGGGAGUCUUGACAAGUGGUUGUAUUCUUACAACUAUUUCUUAGAUAUGUUGCAGAGAUUAGACAUAAUGAUAGAUGUUGCAUGUGUUUUGCAGUAUCUUCACCAUGAUUAUUCAAUGCCUUUGGUUCACUGUGAUUUGAAACCCAACAACAUCCUACUAGAUAAUGAUAUGGUUGCACAUGUGACUGAUUUUGGCAUUGCGAAGUUAUUAGAUUUGGGGGAGUGUGUCACACGUACAAAGACCAUAGCAACAUUUGGGUAUAUUGCAUCAGAAUUUGGAUUAGAAGGAUUAGUAUCCAUAAGCUGUGAUGUUUAUAGCUAUGGAAUCUUGCUUAUGGAAACAUUUACAAGACUCACUGCUUUAUUGGUUAAAUUUUCUCUGAAUUAUGUUAUUUGUCUUCUUAUUGAUGGUUAUUUUGCUGUAGUUUAUGUUUUGGUUUUGAAUACUUCUUCUGUUUACGCUAAAUUGCUUUGGCUAUUUCCGCUUGUGAUUUAUGUGGUUGAAAUUUAG